CAUAGAAAAAUCGUCGUUCCCCACGCCGUACGGAAAUAGUAGCGUGUAUAUGCGGCCGUCCGGCCUAUAAUUAAACGCGACCAUCGCGCUAGCACAGGCGCCGGUUGUUCAGUGUGAUAAAGUUAGCAGCCGGUGUACGGUGUUUUCGUGACUGAAGUGCGGCUCCACCGCGAAAAAUUGCGGAAAUCCGAUAGCUUGUAAUCCCGAUUCGCGCGUGCGAGCGUCUCGCAUCGCCCGAGGAUCGUCGUUAACCCUCCGAGUGAGCGCGGUAUUAAUCAAUCGGCCAUGGAGACCGCCGGCGAGACUGCGACUCACGGCGUCUGUCCGGUGUGCGGCAAGGACGCGACGUUGAAGUGCGGCAACUGCAGGCGCGAGUUCUACUGCGACAAGUCCCACCAGUCGCGGGACUGGCCGCGUCACAAGUCCUUGUGCUGCGCCUGGGAGAUCGGCCAGGAUCCCCAGCUCGGCCGACACCUAUUGGCCGCCCGCGACCUCGCGCCGGGGGACGUGAUCCUGUCGGAGGUGCCUUUGGCCUGGGGCCCGUCGAUUCACGCGCGGGACCAGCGGCUCUGCGUCGGCUGCGGCAAACAAUGCGCCGAGAUCGACGCGAGAUGCGGCAAAUGCCGCUGGCCGGUGUGCAGACUCGACUGCGAGGGCCUCACGGACAAGAAGAGACACCAGCCGGAGUGCGCCCUCCUUGCACAUAUUAGAAUCAUUCCCAGAUGCGACGUACUGCUGGUGAUCCGUAUGCUGAUACUGUGGCGCACCAAAUCGAAACGCUGGACAUCCUUGACCAAUCUGCAAAGUCACGAGGACUCGCGAGGACCCGGCACGGAGGCGUACGAGGAGGUGAUGAGCAUAAGUCAAUAUCUCGAGCCGAUUGUGGCAAUGGUGCCCUGUUGUAAGAGCGUCUUGCCGAAAAUUUGCGGCUUGAUCGACGUGAAUGCGCUGGAGACUAUGCCGCCGGAGGGUUCGGUCGCCAUCUACGAGAACAUGUCCCUCCUGGAGCACUCCUGCAUGGCGAACACGCGCCACAGUUUCCGUCUCGACGACAAAGGCAGGCCGCGCAUCACGGUGAACGCGAUCACCUUCAUCAAAAAAGGAGAGCAUUUGAGCACCAUGUACACGCACGCGCUUUGGUCCACGCGGGCCAGACGAGAGCAUCUCCUCGCGACGAAAUACUUCAGCUGCCGGUGCGAACGCUGCGCCGAUCCGACGGAAUUGGGCGCGCACUUGGGCAGCUUGCAGUGUCCCUGCAAGAACGGUCUCAUGUUAGCGGACGAUCCUCUGAACCCCGACACCGAGUGGUCCUGCACCGCGUGUCCUGGAACAGUCACGUCCGCGGAAGUCGCGCAGUUGUCGGACAAGCUGGAGGAAGAAGUCACGGGAGUCAUGAGGAAGGCGACUGCGCAUACCCUUUCCGACCUUUUGUCGCGGCUGACGGUGCUUCUGCAUCCCGGACAUCAGCAUUGCGUGUCCGUGAGCCACUCGCUGAUACAGCUGCUAUCGCCCAGCGACCCUCGGAAGUCAGAUUUGUGCAAGCGCAUCAUGGACACGGUAACCCGUCUGGACCCGCACGGUGCGCGCUUGGCGCUUUACACGGCUGUCACUCUGCGAGAGCUUGCAAUCUGUCCCGGAGAAGACAGGCUAGCCCAUCUCUCGAGAGCGGCCUCCUUGCUGCAGUGGGAACCGCCAAAUUCGCCAGGCGAGAAGCUCCUGAGACUCAUCAAACUGCAACUCGGUCAUUAGGCCUUGAUCGUUAAUCGGUAACGAGGACUGAUCGCGAUCAGCUGCUUGUGCUUUUAUCAUUCAUCGGCAUGAUAUUAGACGACAUGUUGUACGACGAUCCCACAGCGUGGGCGAUCCCCCAGUUUGAAUUUUCUUCUUCGGCGAAAGUAUCGAGACAGAGAGAUCAUCUUCUGAUUGCAAGUGACCAAAUUAAUUAAUUCUUACAGUCUCGAAUUACCAAUCAGACAUUAAUACUGACAAUCUCGAGUCAUCUGACAAAAAUUAAUCCUGACAAUUUUUCACGUGUCCAGAUACAAUUUAAUUUACAAUUAAAUACUUUGCAAUUAAAUUUUGUGGGACGUCAAGCGACGUUAUCAGUU